CUGAAGAAGUUAUUGCAACAAUCAGAACUACUGUGGCAUUUGGAAACCAGAAAAAACUUUCUAAAUUAUAUGAUGUACAUUUGGAAAAAGCUAAAGUUCAAGGCAUAAAAAAAUCUAUAGUCAGGGGUACUUCAAUUGGUUUCAUCCAAUUUUUUGUUUAUACAACAUAUGGCUUGGCUUUUUGGUUUGGAUCAACUUUGAUUUUAUCUGGUGAAUUGGCUCCUGGAAGUGUUAUAAAUGUAUUCUUUGCUGUGUUGAUGGGAGCUUUCUCUCUUGGAAAUCUUGCACCUGAGAUUCAAGCUUUUAGUUCUGCAAUUGGUGCAGGUUCAAAAAUUUUUGAAACAAUUAACCGGGUUCCAGUAAUUGAUUCUUUGUCUGAGGAAGGUGAACAACUUGUAGAUGGUGUUCAAGGUCACAUAGAACUUAAAAAUAUUUCUUUUGUUUAUCCUGCAAGGCCUGAUGUUCAAACUUUGGAUAAUGUUUCAUUGAAUAUUCCAGCUGGUUCCACUGUGGCUUUGGUUGGUUCAUCUGGGUCAGGAAAAAGUACAAUUGUAUCACUUGUUCUCAGGUUCUAUGAUCCUGUUACGGGAAGUAUUACAAUUGAUGGUCAUGACAUAAAAUCAUUUAAUUUGAAAUGGCUACGCAGACAAAUGAGUUUGGUGGACCAAGAACCUGUACUUUUCAAUACAACAAUUGCUGAAAAUGUUUCUCAUGGUUUGAUUGGUUCAGAGCAUGAGCAGCUUGAUAAUGAAAAAAAACAUGAAAUGAUUGAAACUGCAUGUAAAAUGGCAAAUGCACAUGAUUUCAUUAUGAAUUUACCAAACAAGUAUGACACAAUGGUUGGUGAAAAUGGAUUCUUAUUAUCUGGUGGUCAAAAACAACGUGUAGCAAUUGCUCGUGCUAUUGUUAAAAAUCCAAAAAUUUUAUUACUUGAUGAGGCUACAAGUGCUCUUGAUACCAACAGUGAGGGAAUUGUACAAGGUGCUCUUGAUAAAGCUUCACAAAAUCGUACAACUAUAGUCAUUGCCCAUCGUUUGUCAACAAUCAAAAAUGCAACAAAAAUUAUUGUAAUGGAUAAAGGUGUUAUUGUUGAAUCUGGUAAUCAUAAUGAACUUAUGGCAAAAGAAGGUUACUAUUUUAAAUUGGUUGAGGCCCAACAUAUAAUAAGUAAAACUGAAGAAUCAUCAUCAUUAUCAAUUCUAACCAAAAGACAAGAGGAAAAUUUUCCUGAUGAUGAAGAUAUUCAAAUAAGUUGCACAGUUACAAAUAAGUCAGCAUCAUCAGCAAAAAUAUCUAAAAACUUGGCUGAUAUUGAAUCUGGUAUCAAGAAAGAUAGCGAUUUUAAAACAUUUGAACUUGUAAGAAAAGUGGCUGCUAUAAAUCGACCAGAACUCCCAUUAAUAUUUUUUGGAUUAUUUGGUGCUAUUGUAGCUGGUUCUGUUUAUCCAGCAUUUGGUAUAGUAUUUUCAAAAAUUGUACAAGCAUUUGCUACAACUGGUGAUGAAUUAACUCAUGAGGUCAGAUUUUGGUCACUUAUGUUUUUGGUUAUUGGUGUUAUAACUAUGUUGGCUCAUUUUAUACAAGGGAUAUCAUUUGGGCUUUCUG